AUUGACAAUCAUUAGAAAUAAUUUUGAAAUAAUCUUUGGAGACAGGAGUUCAAGUACAGUAAAGUGAAAUUUUUCAAGUAUUCUGGUAGAUAUCCUCACAAAAACGUCUGUCUCAAUAACUGUUUUCUUAUUACAAUUCGAAGUAAGAAAUUGGGCUGUAAGUGAAAAAAUGUGCAACGCCACCGUGAAGUGAUUUAUCUAUGGCGCUAGAUGAUUUGCAUCAUGAGAAAUCUACAAAUAUUUGCCAAAAAAUAAUCCAAUUAAGAUGUAAUCUAAACUUCCGACUGUCCAAACAUGGGUUCGAGAGUAAGAGAUACAGUUCGCUAUCUGUUUGAAUUAUUCUGUGAGGUGUCACCUGGUGACCAUGUGAGGGAUCCAUACAUAGUGAGGAAGUAUCCAGAUGUUUACAAAAAUGAGGAGGAGUUGAAAAACAUACCCAAAUUUACAUUCCCAUGUCAAUUUGAUAACACAUUCGUUCAACAUUACUCAUUUGUGUUGACAUCUGUGGACUCCAAGUACACAUUCUGUUUCUGCCGCUACGACCCGAAGGCCAACACAUCUCUUGUGUUGCUAUCACAUCUGCCAUGGCACGACAUAUUUUACAAGUUACUAAACUGUAUAGCGAAUCUAUUGAACAGCGCCGAGCGAGGCGAGUUGACGUCCUUCCUCGAGGCGUGCAGGUCGCGGCCGCCACUGCCCGGCCACACGCUGAAGGUCACGUACAACGCCGGCCACAAUGCCUUCUCCUGUCAGAGCCCCGACAACAAGUUGCCGAGCAUACCAGAGAAUUGCAACCUAACAGAGUACUUCAGCGCGAUGGACACGAAGUGCAUGUGCGGCCUGUGGGCGGCGCUCCUGCACGAGCGACGCGUCGCGAUCGUCGCGUCGAAGCCGUCGCGACUGUCGGCGGUCGUGCAGGCGGCGAACGCGACGCUGUUCCCAAUGUCGUGGCAGCACAUCUUCAUCCCCAUAUUGCCCAAACACUUGGUCGACUACCUGCUCGCGCCCAUGCCCUUCCUCAUUGGAGUUCCUAGAUGUGUUAUGGAGACCGUGAGAAUGUCAGAAGUCGGCGACGUGGUGGUGCUAGAUGUGGACGCGAACGAGUUGAAGUCGCCAUUCCACGAUCUAGAGAGCCUACCGCAGGAUAUGGUGACAGGCUUAAAGAAGGCUUUAAGUGACAAGAACGCUUUAGGAGACGCCGUGUCGAGGGCUUUCUUGCGCGCUCUUGUCUGUCUGAUUGGCGGCUACAGAGAUGCUAUUAGAAUCGAGAAAGGGCAAUUGAUCACGUUCAAUCCGGAAGCGUUUGUUAGGACGCGGAAGCACAUGCAACCUUUUCUCAGAAAAAUACUGCAGUCACAGAUAUUUCAGCAGUUUAUAGACGAAAGGCUGGAGCUCCUAAACUCAGGACGCGGUUUCAACGAUGAGUUCGAGGUGGAGUGCAAUAACUACGCGGAGAAAGUCAGCACGGGCAGCGGGCAGCGGCUCAAGCAGCAGUAUCGCGACUGGGCCAAAACAGUAAAGAAGGAGGGCGGCGCCUUCUUUAAGACUGUUAAAGAUAAGGCGAACCCCGCAGUUCAAUCGGCUGUUAAAACGGUCCGUCAAGGUGGUAAAAAUGUGAAGUCUGCUGUGAGGGGGUUGAAGAACAAAAUGCCCAAAACCGGCUCCAGACCAUCUUCCAUAAACACUACGGAUGACAGCAGGAAGAUCUGCUCAAGGUGCUCUGCGAGGGGUGUAACUCCGAGCAACCCCAACACAGAUCCAAUUUUCGGACCAUCAAGGUUAUCAUGCGGGUCAGCUACCCCGGUGUCGUCGGACUCGUCGGACUCGACGCCGUCCCGAGACGCGCCGCCCCGCGAACCGCCGCCCGCGCUGCCGCUCGACCUGCUCACAGAGAUGGAGUUCCUGCUAAACAACAAGCGACGCGACAGCCUGCCCGCCGAAGCGCGCGACGCCGACGUUAGCCUCGCAGACAGAGCCAAAACACUGUCUCCCUUCCCCCCACCCCGGCUACCGGCUCGUCCCGUCCCCCCCGCCCGCUACCCGAUCGUGUCCACGCGCCGACUGGUGGACGUGUCGGACGCGCCGGCGCCGCCGCCGCGCGCGCACCCGGCGCCGGCCGCGACGACCUUCGUGACCGACCUCACGAGGACCGACGGCGUCGCGGCCGACUUCCACACGAGCACGAUCCGCUUCACGGAGGGCGGCGACAAGGCCAAGCUCGAGCUGACGCUCUCCUCCAACCGGAGGUCCGACCCUCCUAACGGUACCGCGAUAAAGCCGUCGCGGGCGCCCCUCGCCCCGCUGCCCGCGCCCGACCGCCCGAGGCCUCGCCCGCUCUGCAAGAGCAGAACUCGAGAGUCGUGUGAUUCGGACCUGAUAAAACUGGACGAUUCACCGAACCUCGAGGAUUUUGAUCCCCUUAAAUAUCGGGAUAAGAACGAUAAGUCUGGCCCCGCUAAGACAUCAACGGACAGCGCCUUACUCCACGAGUACGGGUUGGACUUCAGCCAAUUCGGUCUGUCAGAGUUUUCGGCAGGUUCGAGCGCGCAGCCCGAGCCGUCCGGCGUUCCGAAGGGAUGGACCACGUUCAAUUAGAGUUACUCACUAAUCUUGCUCUUCUUUGAAAAGCGGCUAUCUUAUAGUCUGGCAAGUUCGUUGAUGACACUCUCAUGAUAUGCGGGCGAUGGCCGGAUAGACUACGUGUGUGUGAAAACGUGCGAUCGUCGGAAGUGAGGUGCAUCAGUCGUGGGGUUUUCAUUCAUCGCUACACGCCCCCCGGCUACGCGGUUUUUGGGAGUGUUACGAACGAAGUUGCCAAGCUUUAUGCGGUAUAUUUACCUUUUACCAUUUGUGCGUUUUUUGCGUCAACGAUGCCCGUACCUAAAUCAUGUAUACAUAUUAUCGAUGUAUUGUUAUUUUAUGUUUUAUUUUAAAAGCAGUAUAUACAAAUAUACCAUUAGAAACGCGCUGUAAAUGUUAGAAUUAGUUCUAAAAGUUAUAUUUAAUGCAUAUCCUUUACUAUAAAUUAUGCAGCAACUUUUUUAUCUGGUACUAAAUCUAUUGAAUUAGUUUAUAUGACGAAAUGCUGAUAAAUUUUCAUUAUGAUUUUAUUAGUUAGGUGUAAACUUUUAUGUUCACUAAAAUAUAUACAUAUCGAAUUUAUAUGAGUAUUUAGAUGUUGUUACGUAAUUAUUUUACCUACAAAAUCAUAAAGGCAUGAAUAUUUAUUAAAUUUAAUUUAUUAUAUACAAUAUAUGCUGGUUUUCCCAAAAAUAAUAAUACAAAACUAUAUUAUUUACUUAUUUUAGCCUAGACUAGCUUUAUUACGCCGUAAUUGCUUACAUAAUGGAGAUCCUUGAUAUUUAACAUUCCUAUGUUACUUUGAAAUAAAUAUAUUUAUAUUAUAGUAACUGUAUUUAUUUUUCUAUGCUUGGUGUACUCCUAUAUAAUCGAGGAGAUCCGCAGAAGUAUCAAAGCAUCGAGUCGCGAAACUAAAAUGGCAAUGCGCGCUGCACAUAGUUCGAAGAGCCGAUGGACGUUGGGGUCCCAAGUUGCUGGAAUGGCGACUCGACCCCAAACUAGGUUGGACUGACGGCAACAAGCAGGUUGCAGGAUGACGCUUUGUGACGGCUUGAACGCCUAUAGCAGUGUCUAGCAGUGAAUGUUUAACGGCUGAUGAUGAUGAAGAUGGACUGCAUUUGGUUUAAUUUGCAAGCAUACCUUUAUAUUGGUUUGCCGACAUUAUGGUUAAACCGACCGACUAACCUAGAUAGUUACAUUUAGUAUUACAUCUAUUAUGAAUUUAGGCCUUUCCCGCAAUACGUGGAACGCUUUUACGUCGUCUGUAUUUCCUGACACAUACAAUAAGUUGAUUAUCUGCAAGUCGAGAGUAUUUAGGCAUAUAAGCAAGCGCACUGCAACCUCAUCAAGGCCCCUUCCGUCAGUCACUAUUUUAUGCAAUCUUUCGUCAUAUCUGACGACUUGGGUUAUUCCAUCAAUAUAUUUUAUUAAUUUUGGCAUCGUUGCGCCUAAAAACACAAGUGUGAAUGGUUUACCAAGCUAAUUAUAAAGUCAUAGCUUAUCAUAAUAGUUUUAUAUCUUUGGCGGAUUUAUAUUUGGCUGACGUGACGCCACGUGUCGUGUCAUAACGCGAUAGGACAUGAUACAUUAAUAUGUCAUGUCCUGACGCAUCAGGACAAUGUUUUGAAUCGAUACAGCCGCAGCUCUUGAUGAGAUCAAUAUCAACACAGCACAGCCGCGCGCGCACAUAAAUCUGACGUGUCGUGAUGGCGUUGUUUCAGCUCCCCCCGCAACCCGCCGCUCUAACGCGAACCGGGAUCGGGUCUGAUGCGACACAUCAGAAGCCAUCACGACAUGACCAAAAGUAUGAUACCGAUUCUGUUCUGAUUCGUCACGACACGACACGUCAGACAAAUAUAAUUCCGCCUAGUCUUAUGUCAGUUGGCUGUGAUAGUCAAUGUUUAGCAAGCUUACAGACGGACGGCACGUCGCCAGUGGUACAGGUAAACAUCAGGUAUUAUUCGUUUAUUUUGUAUGGCUAGCAACACUGAUGAUUGUGAUUACAAAUAGUCAUUAAAAUGAUCAUAAUAAUUUAAAAUAUUUUCGGAUGUACCCAAAAAACAUUGAUAUCUUUAUUUUGUAUUUUAUUUGAUGAUAACAAAACUAAAUAAAUAAAUAAAUAAUUCGCAGACAUUCAAUCAGUGAUGUAUUACCUAUUUGCAGUUCUAUCGGUUAAGUCUUUGUCUUGGUAGUUGGCAUGUACUCGUAGGUUGGUUCGAGUAAGCGAAAUGCCUAUCGUAGGUAAGCUUGCUUACGGACUGUUUCUAUAAGCGAUUUAUCAAUAUUUAUAAAUUUAUUGGAUAAUUAUGUAUUACACUUUUUGAUUAAUAUCAACAAAUGCAAGAAAUUGAGAAAUUAUAAUAACUCUAUUAUAGAAAUUGGCCGUUAGGAUAAGAGGCUUCCUCAUAAUCCCACACGAUAUCUACGAAUUAUAGUAAAAAUAUGAUGUUGAAAUUUUUCUUUUUUGUCUCGUACAAAUAUGUUUUGAUGUAUGUGAGAAAGAAGUAUACUCAGUGCAAUCAAUAUACAUACAGUAUAUCGCACUGUAUAUAUUAUAUUAUACUAUACUAAAGCGUAUAUGCAUAGUACCGUAAUAUAAUGUAUUAUUAUACAUUUUAUUACAACAACUGGUUUUUGGUGAUAACUAAGGUAUUAAAAGGCUGCAGGCUAGUUCACUAACUUUGAGAAAUACGAAAUUUGAGAUUCUAUGUGACAAAUGUUACCCGGUGCCUACUGAUAACACGUGGGCUGUACAUACAUACAGUAUAUGACAUUUCUCAAUUGAUUUGAUGUUUAUUUUAAUGGAAAGAUCAAAUUAGUGAAUAGGGCAGCUCGUGUCGUCAGUAAGUUCAGAUAGUGUAACUAUAUUUAUACUAAUACAUACCUAUUUGUAACAUAACCAGAUGCGUGUGUGGAUUAUGAAGAAACUUCUAGGACGUGUGCAUAUUUUGAUACUUCAAUCAUCGGCGACUUUGACAUUGAUGUCAGAGUAUUGAAUAGAAAUAUUGAACACAACACUCCUUUAAUUUUAUGUUAAACACUAACAAGGACUAAUUUACGAGCAAUUGUUGGAAUAUUACCAACACUGUUUAAAAAUAUAAACUCAGAAGCGUCCCAAUCUUAUAAUGCGUGUCGUUGCAAUUGCUAGCUGUACGAUUAUCAAUGUAAUAAAAAAAAAUAUAUAAAGUAUAUUAUUGCAAUAUCUAUUAUAUCAAUAUAUCAUACCUGGUUCUAUUGUAGUCAUUAAAAGUCUUAGUUUACUGAAAAUAGUCUGAAGGCGAAAUUAUAUUUGUCUGAAGUGUCGUGUCGUGACGCAUCAGAACAGAAUCGGUUUCAUACAUUUUGUAUGCGACACAUCAGAAGCCGUCACGACAUUUCACAAUGCAUAAGUGUAAACGUAGCCAUAUAAUAUGUGUGAUAUCGAUUCUGUUCUGAUGCGUCACGACACGACAUGUCAGACAAAUAUAAUUUCGCCUUAACGUUACUAAUACGACAAUGCUGCUAAAACACUUUUCUUCUUGCCGUCUUUAAAGUUGUCGUCGUUUGAUUUUCUUAAAAUUAAAACUAUAUAAAAUUUUACGCGUCAACAUCCAACGACAAAUAACUGCGCGAGAUUCAAGUUACAUGCCGAUACCUAUAACCAGGUGAAUUCACCGAUCACCCGAGUGUCAGUAUGCACAGGUCCUAAUAUAUAAAAAUACAGUUAUAAUUAUGCUCUUCUACUUUUAAUUAGAUUAAGAGUCAAAACACGACAUUGUGAAUCGAUUCCUUGACACUUCGCAAUAAUACACGGAGGAAAAUUGCGACACGAACCGUUGGGUUGUGUUACAUUUUUGUGUUUCGCUCGCAGUUUAGUGUUUGGGCUCUAACAUGUUAUUUAUUUUGCGAAGUGUAUCAAUAGAUAUGCUGUCAUAAACUGUACAUAUUGUUAUAUUAUUGAACAUAUCAUGCUAAGCUGUAUAUUUCGUGGACAUCGUAUUUUGUUUUAUGAGUAUAAUACGAAUAUUGUAAAGAUUAUCGUUUUGUGCUGUUGGAACUUCAUUUACGUCGUUGUUUUUGUUAUUUUUUUCUUUUGGUGACGUAUACGUUUAAGUGUAACUCGUUUAAUCUCGAAUUUCGAUGAAUUGUAUGCUUUAAGCUAUGUUUUAUGCUUUCAGAUGACGUGAAAUGUUUGUGAAUUUUAGUAGGUAAUAAGGAACGUUUAAUUCUAAAUCAAUUUAAUUAACAUAAUGUACAAUGUUUUGUAGUACUUUUUACUGUGAUUUAAAGCAAUACAUUUUAUAUUUUUAAUUAUAAUUAAUUAAAUUAAUAAAGGUCACAGCUCCUAAUGGCGGAGCCUGUGCCUUGCAGUGGGCUAUUUAAAUAUUAUGAUGAAUUAAAUAUAGCUAUUUUCUCCGAUGUAAUUUGAUGAGAUUAAAUUGAGUGUUAUUCAUAAAGCACAGCUUAAAGCGCAAAGGGAUCGAAGGUAGUUGUAUAUUUUGCCACAAAGCGAGCAUUGGAAUCUUACAUCAUAGCACCGCUCUCAAGCAGAUCAAUAUUUGGUAUUUUUUUUGGUAAAAAGAUUUUAUUAAGAGAAUGCGAUGGAUGGCUUCCUUUCAGUCAAUCUGUUUUAUUCAAUGAUGAUUCAUGAUUCAUGAUUGUUAAAAAUGCUAUCUACAAAACUAAUGAACGCGCGUCUCUGUGGCGAUUUGCGCACUAUUGUUCGGCCCCUGUCUAAAUCGUACUAUGUAAUAAAGUUUAUGCCUUUUUAUAUCUAAUCAAACUAAUAAAAUCGAAGUACAAUUAGCUGUUUAUAGAUUAUAAAUAUUCUGUUUAUAGAUUAUAAUCUUGUAUAUUUUUUUUAUUCAUAAUUAAUUAUUGUUGAUAAAUAAAUAAAUUAUGAUAUUAAUAGAAUUCUAUUUUUGUAAGGUGCUGUAUUGAAUGUGAAAUAAAAGAUGUAAAACGAAUUUGAGAUUGUAAAAAAAACUGAGCUUCCAGCUAAGUGGCAAUUUUAUGAUGUUUCUAUGUAUGGAUCAUACUUCCGGAGUCAUCACUAUUUUAGCGUUACUAUUCUUUGUUUGAUUGUAUAUUGCGCACUGAAUUGGUUCCAUAAUAUACUCAGAGGCACAAUUAUCCGCCCACUUGAAUAUGACGCGAGUAUAUUAAAGGGGGCGGAUAAUUGUGCUUCUGGGUAUAUAACCACUGAAGCGUCAUGGGGAUUUUGAAUAAGCUGAAACUCUGUGUUGAUCCCGAGGGCUAGAAUUAAUAAUUACUUAUCUACCCAUAUUCGGCUCACCGCUGAGGGGUUAGGCCAAUAGUCCAGCACGCUGGCCCAAUGCGAAAUGGAAUUAAGAAAACUCUUGGGUAUGCAGGUUUCCUCACGAUGUUUUUCCCCUUCACAAUUUGAGACACGUGAUAUUUGGGUUUCUUAAAAUGCACAUAACUGAAAAGUUGGAGGUGCAUGCCCCGGACCGGAUUUGAACCUACACCCUCCGGAAUCAGAGGCAGAGGUUAUACCCACUGGGCUCUGCUAGAAUAGACUCACGGGACGUAUAUUUUUAUAGACGUCUUUGUGAGACUCCUCACGCUUAUAGGGACAUUCAAACCUCCGUAAUUGAGCCUGUACUUACGUAAGAGUAUGUUCAUAAAUCCAAUUUGACACAGGGAAAAGUCCAACACCCCUAGCAAAUCAAUUUAGUAUGAAAACAAUCGUCUUUGUAUUACUUGACUACAUUUUUCAUUAAAUAGGACUAAUAUAUAGAAACAAAUGAAUCCGGAAGUAUGAGGAGACAACGCAAUAACGGACAACUGUCAGCUGUAUUAUUUACUAAAUGAUCUGAUGACUUUUAAUAAGACGCUCUACAUUGCUUCUUUACUAAAGGAUGCAAAAGGAUACUUCCCAUCAAAAAAAAUCGAAACAGUCCGUCUGAAUUGCGGAAUGAUUCGAUUUUUUUGAUGGUUAGUUAUAUAUAUUUAACUUGCCUACCAGCCUUUCGAAUCAGUGUAGAGUCUUUGGAAAUAGUCUAACUUUACUUUUCAAAGUGUAUACUAGCCUACUUGAACUAAAUGAAUUUUGAAUUUUAAAGGUCAAAUGAGUACGAAUAGUUUUAAUUUAUUUUCUAAUUCAAAUUCGCUUGUCUCAAUUAGAUAUAUGUAAAAAAAAAUUGUCGCUUCACACAAGGGUUAAUAGAGUCGUCGACAUCGCAGGCUAAUUCACUAUCUUUGAAUGUAGUUGACAUAUAUGACAUGAGAUUCUAUGUAACAAAUGUCAUCCGGUGCCUACUGGUGGAUAUCAUACAGUAGGUACACAACGUUUUGUAAAUUGAUUUGUAUCUUUAUUUUAGUAGGUUGAUAAUAAAGACUAAAAUAGUGAAUAGGCCAGCUGGUAUGUUAUUGCGUUGCUUAUGAAAGAUUGUAGGCAGCAGGAUCCUUAUGAUUAGGUAAAUUAUAUAAUAGUUAUAAACAGACUGUACAACCGAUACAGCGGCAUACAACAUGCUCACUCUGUUCUGUCUGGAAGUGGAUCUGUAGUGCAAUGUAAUUAAUUAUUCUAAACACUUUUUAGCACCAUAGUACAAAGUAUGCACACACUCGAUUGAAGCGACGUUUCGAACGCGGCGAUACCACCAAAUAUAACUUAUACAUCCUACUGGGUCUGGAGUUUGAAUAAUAAAAAAGGCAGUCAGGGAGUAGGAUCAUCAUUUACGAAAGAGUGGUUGAUUGUGUGAAAGAAGUUCAAUGUACAGUCAUUUGGAUCAAGCUUAAAUGGACUUACUCGUAUCUUUACGAGAAAGUCCAAUAAAGCACAAAAAGGCAGACUAUUUUAAGAGUUUAUUGAAACAAGUAAAUAAUGACGAGUUUUUUGAAAAUUCCUAAAAACUGCGACAGAGUGAAGACAUGUUGAAAUAGACCAAUUAGAGGAUUGACAGGUGACGUGAUAAAACUAUGACGUCACAAACUUCAAUUACCUGAUUGGUCUAAUGUUCAGUCCACUUCGUCAAGUGGAAACGACCUCAAUGUUAAGUUGUUCAUUCGGUUGUACAGCGAACGACCGCUUAUGGCUACUCUAUUUGUAUAUUUUAGAUGCCGAUUUGUAAAAAAUAUAUUGAUUUCGAACUAAUAUAAUUAUAUAUAAUACUCGUAUGUAUAAUUAAUAGCGCCCAUCGGUUAUCUUCGUAUUUACGAAACCUUUGUUCAUUAAUUGCAAGCCCAUUUCUUAUUACGCUUAUAGCAGAGUUGACGUAACUCAUCUUUUUUGGAAUGAUGAGUAUGUAGAUUAAUUACUAUAGGUUAACAAUUUAUACUUUUGGAUAUGUUACGUGCCUACAAUAUAAUCACCGUAAAAAGUGAUCCGAAUUUAGCCACGCACACAUGCACAAUUUUUUAUUUACUUACAUUACAUAUAUAUAGUUUUUACACUUCCUGAACACACAACUUGACAUUGUAGACAAUAUAUAGGUAUUAUUUGUUAAAAUUAACUUUCGUUUUUUAAUAAGCGACUAAAUGUAAUUAAGACAGUUAGCCACCUUUCUCCGCCUCAGUUUCAACGCGUUAGAGACAUAUUUUUAUUAGUAGAAAAUCUUUGCUAGGUACAAUAUAAUGUCGUUGGCUAUAGACAUGUAAUAUGUAUGUAUGCGAAUAUAUUUUUGAACGAGGAUUUCUAUAGACAAUUUCUGGGCUAAAUUGAUUUUGAUUAAUUUGCUAUAGUAAAUAUGCUCAAAUAAAUAGGUAUGUUAUAAUAAUAGUAGAUGCCUAUAGGAUAUAUAGUUUUAUAUUGUUCUUUUUUAUUUUUAUGUAUAUCUACAUUUUUCGGAUAUACGAAAAUAACCGAUUGGCGAUGUUGAAGUUAGAUUAAUUAUGUAUUUAGAUCUACUUUACCUAUAUUUUAUCACAAAAUAAAACUUUAUACACAAUUUUCGACUUUGGUACCAUUCCAACAAGUUAUUUACAAUAUUUUCUAAAGUUUUGUGAUUGUCUACAUUAAAUUCUAAUUGUAAUAAAUUAUACUUGGUAAAGAUUAUUUAUAAAAUAUUAUAUUUCAUCCAAAUAAAAUUCAGCAUGUGUAUAAAAUCGACUGACAUGAUUUCAAAUACAUUGUACCUAAUACUCAGA